CAUCCAGCAGCAGGAUCAGAGGGCAGCUCAUUUUUUUCCCAGCAUGGACCCCUCCGCGUGGGCCAUCUGCUGCCUCCUGGGGAGCCUUCUGUUCCAUGUGGGUAUCCCCAGCCCUGGUCCCAGCCCCAGCGUGCCUCGUCUGCGGCUCUCCUACAGAGAUCUCCUGUCUGCCAACCGCUCUGCCGUCUUUCUGGGCCCACGGGGUUCCCUAGACCUCCAAGUCAUGUACCUGGAUGAGUAUCGAGAUCGCCUCUUCCUGGGAAGCAGAGAUGCCCUUUACUCUCUGAGACUGGAUCAGGCAUGGCCAGACCCCCGGGAGGUCUUGUGGCUGCCACAGCCAGGACAGAAGGUGGAAUGUGUCCGCAAGGGAAAAGACCCUUUGACGGAGUGUGCCAACUUCGUGCGGGUCUUACAACCCCAUAACCGGACCCAUCUGCUGGCCUGUGGCACAGGAGCCUUCCAACCCAUCUGCACCUUCAUCACAGUGGGGCAUCGAGGGGAGCAUGUGCUCCGCUUGGAUCCUAGCAGCGUUGAGAAUGGAAGGGGGCGUUGCCCACAUGAGCCCAGCCGACCCUUCGCCAGCACCUUUGUAGGUGGGGAGCUGUACACAGGUCUCACUGCCGAUUUCCUGGGACGUGAGGCCAUGAUUUUCCGGAGUGGGGGUCCCCGACCAGCCUUGCGUUCUGACUCUGACCAGAGCCUCCUACAUGAACCCCGGUUUGUGAUGGCUGCUCGGAUCCCAGAUAACUCUGACCGGGACGACGACAAGGUGUACUUCUUCUUCUCCGAGACUGUCCCAUCUCCAGAUGGUGGCCCAGGUCAUGUCACCAUCAGCCGCGUGGGCCGCGUCUGUGUGAAUGAUGCUGGUGGCCAGCGGGUGCUGGUGAACAAAUGGAGCACUUUCCUCAAGGCCCGGCUGCUGUGCUCUGUGCCUGGCCCGGGUGGGGCUGAGACUCACUUUGACCAGCUAGAGGAUGUGUUCCUGCUGUGGCCCAAGGCCGGGAAGAGCCUCGAAGUGUAUGCGCUGUUCAGCACUGUCAGUGCUGUGUUCCAGGGCUUUGCUGUCUGUGUGUACCACAUGGUAGACAUCUGGGAGGUCUUCAAUGGGCCCUUUGCCCACCGAGAUGGCCCUCAGCAUCAGUGGGGACCCUAUGGGGGCAAGGUGCCCUUCCCUCGCCCCGGUGUGUGUCCUAGCAAGAUGACUGCACAGCCAGGCCGACCCUUUGGCAGCACCAAGGACUACCCAGACGAGGUGUUGCAGUUUGUCCGAGACCACCCACUCAUGUUCCAGCCUGUGAGGCCUCGGCGUGGCCGCCCUGUCCUGGUCAAAACUCACUUGGCUCAGCGACUGCGCCAGAUUGUGGUGGAUCGAGUGGAGGCUGAGGAUGGGACCUAUGAUGUCAUCUUCCUAGGGACUGAUUCGGGUUCUGUGCUCAAAGUCAUUGCCCUCCAGGGUGGUGGCUUGACUGAACCUGAAGAGGUGGUUCUGGAGGAGCUCCAGGUGUUCAAGGUGCCAACACCCAUCACCGAGAUGGAGAUCUCUGUCAAAAGGCAAACGCUGUAUGUGGGCUCUUCAUUGGGUGUGGCCCGGCUGCAGCUGCACCAGUGUGAGACUUACGGCAGUGCCUGUGCUGAGUGCUGCCUGGCCCGGGACCCAUAUUGUGCUUGGGAUGGCACUGCCUGUGCCCGCUACCGCCCCAGCUCUGGCAAGCGCAGGUUCCGUCGGCAGGACAUACGCCAUGGCAACCCUGCUGUGCAGUGUCUGGGCCAGGGCCAGAGCCAAAACAAAGCAGCUUCAGGGCUCAUGACCAGAGUCUUUGGCACAGAGCACAACAGCACCUUCCUUGAGUGCCUGCCCAAGUCUCCUCAGGCUGCAGUGCGCUGGUUCUUACAAAGGCCAGGGGAUAAGGGGACUGACCAGGUGAAGACAGAUGAGCGAGUUGUGCAGACGGCCCAAGGGCUGCUGUUCCGAAGGCUCAGCCGCCAUGACGCAGGAAACUACACUUGUACCACGCUGGAACAUGGCUUCUCCCAGACCGUGGUCCAUUUUGCCCUGGAGGUGAUUGCAGCUGUGCAACUGGACAGCCUGUUCCUUCGGGAGUCAAGGCUAGAGGAGCCCUCAGCCUGGGGAAGCCUGGCCUCUGCCUCCCCCAAGACUUGGUAUAAGGACAUCCUUCAGCUCACGGGCUUCGCCAACCUGCCCCGUGUGGAUGAGUACUGUGAACGUGUAUGGUGCAGGGGUGUCGGGGAGCGCUCAGGCUCCUUCCGCGGAAAGGGAAAGCAAGCGAAGGGCAAGAGCUGGGCAGGGCUGGAGCUGGGCAAGAAGAUGAAGAGCAGGGUGCUGGCUGAGCACAAUCGGACACCCCGGGAGGUAGAAGCCACAUAGAAGAUGACUGAGGAGCGGGUGGUCGGGCUGGGCUGGGGGACUCAACGGUAUCUCUCUCCCACCCAGCUAGGAAAGAGGAGUCCAGGACUCCUGAUUGAUUACCUCUUAGAGGAAAUCUCCACCACCUACAGGAAAGACUAGGGGCUGGUGGGAGGAGCCUUGUACCUCAGCCUACCCCUGCCUUUCUCCGAGUUCUCAGUCCCAGGCCAGAGCUGGCACCUCCAGACCACUUGUAGUCCCAAGGGGCCUGCUAUUUGUUCUCAGAGAUGGUGUGGCUUCCGGAGCACAUUUCCGGUUGUGCCCAGAGGCAAACUGGGUGGUUCUUUCCCAGCUUGCUGAACAAUGGCCAUUCUGAGUGACCCUCUGAGUGGGUGUAUGGGUGGCUCUAAGGGGGUAUAUAUUGUCAAUUCACCAGAGGAGGGGAAAGUAGAUUACUAAGGUAGAACCUGAUAAGAAACACUUGCCCCAACAGAGGUGUGAGAGAAGGUGGAGGCGCUGAGGAGGUGGGGUUGUGCUGUUUAUCUGUCUCCAUGCUUUGGAAUCUAGAUGAUUCCCUGCCUCAGCUCACUCCCAUCUCCUACUCACAGAGGCAGGAACUGCUGGGACCUGGAGGUUGCCUGGGCCUGGCCCUUGCCCCCCUUUUUAAACUUGGAAGAACUGUCUCUCAAUAUGAUACCCUUUCCCAGGUCCCACAUUGUCAGGCCAGGCUCGCUGGGGUGCUCACAUCUCACCAUCAGAGUCUUCCUGGGACCAGGGGAAGGUUUUGUGGACCAGAAAGAGGAAGAGGGGAGCUGGAGGGUAGGAGUGUGAAGGAUGGGCUACCUUUCCAAGGGUGAGGCAGGCACGCUCAGGCCCGUGUAGUUAGCAACGAACACUCUGAAAACCAGCAGCCAGUGGUGAAGAUCGGCCUCCUGGGCUUUGUCUAGGGCCACAAGGAACUAGAGAGAGGUGAGACCAUGGGUCCAUGGGUCCAUGAGCAGGUGUCCUCAAGAGCCAAAGUGACAUCAGUUGGUUCAGGAGCCCCUGGGCAGGCCAGAUACUUCCAACGCUAGAGUCUCUACUGAGGGUGGUCAUGGUAGUUCGUUUACAAGACUCCCAUGUUUUUUUGUGGUACUUGGGAUUGAAUCUAGGGUCUCAUGCAUGCUGGAUAAAUGCUCUACCACUGAGUGAAAACCCAGCUCUCUCUCUAUGGGAGAACAGAAAGCUGGUAUGGUAAAUCCUGCUGUUCUGGGGGUGGGGGUGGGGCUGAGUGACAAGGGCUGGGGAGAAGCUUAGCCAUCAGCAGUUUCUGCAGCUGGGGAGCAGAGAGGGGGAGGAGGACAAUUAAAUGAAAAGUUAUUCCCAGCCCGAGGGUGAAGAAGUUAGUGACGCACGGGACAGACAAGAGGGCAUGUCUGAGUUCCCUCCUUUGAAUAGGGGAAAAAAGGGUGGAGGAGGGGUGGGGGUUGGGGGAGAGGGAGAUGAAAAAACAAAAAAGAGCUUUUGCUGUACUGAACUUCAAACCCGGAGACCUUGGGUUUAUUUCCUCUACCCUGGCACCCCCAGGGUGCUGAGAUCUGAACUUGCACCCUUUGCUUAUCUGGAGGACAGAAGCCCUGAACUCUACCUGCCCAAACCCAGCUUCCUUCUGUUUGUGGGCAUGGUCCACAAACAGAAGAUAAAAGAAGAUGAGAGAGGAGCGGGUAAAAGCUGGAGGAGAGCUGGGGAGACAGAGGAGAGGAAAGGGGUGGAGGAAACCCUGAGAAGACAGAAGGUGGCAACCUAGCCCCCUCAGUGGCAUUUGGACAGAGUCUAGGUUUGGCAAGCUCUAGGCAGGGUCCUCUGGGGAAAUGGCCCUGGAAAACACAGGGAAAAGGAACUCGGUAUCCUAAACAGUGCACCCCUAUACACCUGGAAACACAGGACAGCUCUUGCCCACUGCCACCUUGCCCACGGUACUGUACUACGAGCACCCUGAAGACGCCCACAUGUGUGAACUGUGUCUGUUUUCAAAUGGGCCUUGCGGCUUCUCCGUCUUCCAAGCAUACUUAUUGAAUUGUUGUUGAUAUUUUUAUUGUCGUGUUGCCCUUGAGUUCUGAUGAGACAAAGCAGAGCCUAUAAAGAAAGGAAUGAAGAACUAUUUAUAUCACGGAGCCCUAUGGCGACUGUAUCUGUGUGCCUUUGUGCUAAAGUGAUGAGCACUGGCUACGGGUGAGGAAGGAAGAGUGCUGUGUGUUCCCGGAAAUGCUCGGCCUAUCUGGCACUUUCUUCUAGCAGACAGGGAGAUGUGUGGCAGCGGAAGGGGUCUGAGGGGUUUGCCUGUAAAGCAGAGAUUGCUCAAUCCACGAGGAAAAAUCCUGUCCUGAAGGCUUAUAAAGCUGACCUUGGAACGUCAGGAGGAUUUUGAGGGGGCAGGAGAGCCAGCAAAGGGCAGACAGGCACGUAGGCAGCACUGAUCCUUUUGCACAACACCCGACAUUUGUAACAGUGCCUCUUAGCCUGCUGCUGCCUCCUUCCCAAGCUGUAUACUAAUAUAUAUCAAGGCCACUAAAAUCACGCCCAGGCCGGGCUAGGAGACAGCUUCUGGGGAGGAGAGUGAGUUCCUGGGCAUGCUCCCAAGGCCUUCUGAUCAUGCUCCCUGCUGCUCCGGUGACAUCCCGCCCAAAGCAUAGACUACACUGAUGCUAGGCGAAGAUGGAAAAAACUACAGAAACAUUUCAAAGCCAGAGGGAAGGCAACCGACCUCCCCAGGAAACUAGCCUGGGACAUCUAGCUUGGAUAAGUCCCUGGGGAGAUUAACCAAACAGGCCGGUCUCUGCUCUUAGCUUGUAAAUCAGCCCCUCCACAGACAUCUAGGCUUGACUGAACCUGAAGCUCCAUUGCCUCAGCCCAAGCCACCAUUGCCUCUGACUAAGAGACAUCACCAUUGCAGUACCUGGUAGUGGCCCAGCAAAGAGUACAGGUGUGGCCCCCACAGCUCCUCACAGUCUCUGCUCCCAAAGUCUCUCCCCUUCCUUCCCCUGCCCUCACACUCAUCAGCUCCAGCCCAACUUCCGACCUCAGUAAUUCCACCUUCUUUCUGUCUUUGUCCUGCAGCCUUUUCCUCUGUGUCUCGCACUUCCCCUGGUAUCUGGAUGGUUCAUGAUUUCCCACACAGGUUUAGAGCUGAAGAGAAGCUUGGACAAAGAGACUAGUUAAGUGU